AUGGGGAUGGAGAUGGACGCAGGAGAGCAGGUGGACAAGGAGAAAGCGGAGAGCCACUGCAAGACAGGCGCUGAUGAGGCAGAGGAGGAGAAGGAGGAAGACGAAAGAGAAAAGGAAGAGCAGGCCCUGGAGAGCGCGGGCGACAGACAAGAUGGCGGUGGCGGUGGCAUGGAGGAGGCCAACGGGGGUGCCGCGUGCCCUGCCUCCGAGGAGGGCGAGGAGGGCGAGGAGGUGCCCACAGAGGAGCAGCGGAAGAUGAGGAAGACGUCCAGCUUCAUGAAGACCGUCCGGUUUCGAGACCCCUCGGAGACAGAGCCCGAAGAGAAGAGGGACAGCUCAGUGGAGAACCUGUUUCCAGACUACGAGACAGAGGAAUGGACCUCAUCCAGCUUUGAGGAGCUGUUCUCGGCCCAAGAUUGGAUCAACAUUACAGAUGACCGACUGCUGAGGAAGAAGGUCCUGGAGGCCGGCGUGGACGAGGCCCAGGGCCCAGCCUGGGGUCAGGAGGUCACGCUCCGAAUGCAGGGCGUCCUGGAGGAUCGCAUGGUGGUGGAGAAGGACUCCAAGCUGGUGUUUGUCAUCGGAGAAGGGGACGUCAACCAGGCGCUGGAAGAGUGUGCAAUAUCAAUGAGGAAGGAAGAGAUCGCAUUACUGCUGGCGGACUCUCAGUACACCUACGGUCUUUUAGGAAGGGAACUUGACAUCCCGGCCUGGGCUCCAAUCCUGUACCAGCUGCAGCUCCUGGCCUUCCGGGACAAGCCUGACCCCCAGACCCUCCCGGUGGCAGACCGCAUCCGCAUCGGCAACCACAAGCGGGAGCGCGGCAACUUCUUCUUCCAGCGGGAGGAGUACAGCAUGGCGGCGCGGGCAUACUGCAUGGCACUGGACGUGCUGACCAUUCACACACGAGGCGACGAGUGUUGCCAGGUCCAGGAGGAAGAGGAAGUGAACGACCAGCGGGUGAAGUGUCUGAAUAACCUGGCCACAGCCCAACUCAAACUGGAGCAGUUCGAGGAGGCCCUCCACACCAGCCGUGAUGUGCUGUUCCUUGAUCCGCUCAGCGUCAAGGCCCUUUUCAGAGCAGGGAAGCUCUUGUCGGACAGGGGUGAGUAUGAGGAGGCUAUGGAAUUGCUGAAGAAAGCCCUGAAACUGGAGCCAACAACUAAGGCCAUUCACGCCGAGCUAUCAAAGCUUGUGAGACGACAGUCUGGUGGAAACGAAACUCAAAAAUGGAAAGCUAAACCAGCUCAGGUGUUAGGGGACAAUAUUUCACCCUUCGUGAUUCCUCCCAAAAAGAAGCCCUCAGGAAUUUCUUGGAAAUUUCUGCUUGGUGCUCUGGUGGUGGCCUUGGGCAGUUUAGUGACAUCAGUGGUCCUGACUGCAAGAAACUAACUCUCCUAAACUACUCUCAAACUACUGUACACUACAAGCCCAACAGCAGAACUGCCAAGAGGGAGAAAGUGCAUUGAAUCGUUGUAGUAACUGCCCCUAUUAAGUUCUGAUGUUGACUAACACCGACACAUGCAACGUAGAAUGUAUUGAAUGCACUUCUAGGCACAAAUCACAUUUGCCAGAGAUUUAUUUUGCUUACAUUUCUGUGCUGUCCUCCUGGAUCACAGUUAUGGUACAACUAUGUCAUCAAAAAAUCCUCCAUGUCAUUCAUUCUGAUCUUGUCAUUCAUUUCCUUUCCAAAACCCCAUGUGAAAUAUUUCAAUUACACUUCAUGCAACUAAAGGAAGUACAGGGAUAAAGAUGUGGAUGUUAAAUGUGGUUUCUUUAAAAUUGCUUUCAAUUGAUAAAGACCAAACCAAAGGAAAUGUCUAAACUGCAACUGAUUUUGUCUUGAAAUUUUUAUAUUUGACAUUUUAGAUUGAGGAAAAUAAACCAUAGCCUAUUAAUUGAAAUAUGUAUUUUUUUCCAAAUCUGUUUUGUUACAUGUUGUCCGGAGCU